UGUGUGUCUCCCAUCCUGUACUUUAGUCCCAAUUCUCUCUGUAGUUUGGCAGCAAUGACCAGUAGCCUCUUCUAUAUCCUUUCUGUUGCUUACAACAGAAUUUUUUAAUUUCUUAAAACGAAUUUCUUAAUUUUGCAGCAGAUUCUCUUUCUUUCUUAGCUGUGGUGCUUUUUGGUUUUUAUGGUUUUUUUUGUGUUAAAAACACUGCAUCGGACCCAUCCUCAGCUUAGGACAAAAAUUCACAGGACACCAGAAGAGAUUUUCUUUCUUGUUAUAAAGGGUUAGAUUACAAGAGCAGAUGUUGGACACUACGAUGGAGAAACGUAUUAAGCGUGCGCUGUCUCUGCUCCUGCUCUUUGUGUGUUUAGUGAAGUUUGGUGUAAAUGGUGGGAGAGAUGCGCCUCAUCCUGAUACCUCUAAGAGUAAAGAGGUUCCCAAACGUCCGUCACGCUCCUCAGACCCCAAAGCGGGCCGCUGCUCAUACACCUUCAUCGUUCCGCAGCAGAAGCUGAAAGGGGCUCUGUGUGUGAGUACCGAAACAGUGCGGGUCAACGGAUCUGAGACCUCCGACCUGCGCGCUCAACUCAAUAACCAGCAGGAGCAGCUUGACAGGUUGCGUGUGCGUCUGGAGCAGGACGGAGUGCUGGCGAGCGACAUGAGCAUCCUGCGCAGAGAAAGCAGUGCCAUGAACGCUCGCAUCUCUCAGCUGUACGCUCAGCUGCUGAACGUGAUCAUCAACAAGCAGGAGCAGGUGGUGGAGCAGCAACGUCUGGAGGAGCUACUGUUGAACAACACCUUACAGGUGCUGCAGAUAUCAAACAGUUACAGAGAGUUGGAGAGGAAAUACGAGGCACUCACUUUUCUGGUGAACAACCAGAGUCAACUAAUGACACAGUUGGAAAAACAGUGUCAGAUGAGCACCAUUACCAAACCACAGCAGGUCGAUCAGUCAGUCGUCCUGCAGAACGAGAGCGUCAAGCCUAAACAUGAAGUCAGGAACAUUCAAAGAGACCAAAGUGCUUUUCUGCAACAGAAACAAACACUGCAGGAGAUUCAUGGGCUCCUCACCAUGGCCACAGAUCUCCCUACUGACAUGCCGUUCAUCAGUUUCCCUGCCACUAAGUCACCAGGGCCAUGGAAAGACUGUCAGCAUGUCCUGGACUCAGAAGAAAGCAUCAGUGGAAUCUACCUGCUGCGUCCACAAAACUCUAACCGACUGUUCCAGGCGUGGUGCGACCAGAACCACGCUCAGGGAGGAUGGACCGUCAUCCAGAGAAGACUGGAUGGCUCUGUCAACUUCUUCAGAAACUGGGAUCAGUACAAGCAAGGCUUUGGGAAUCUGGAUGGUGAGUACUGGUUGGGUCUGGAGAAUCUCUUCUGGAUGAUCUCACAGGCUUCCUACAAGCUCCGAGUGCAUAUGGAGGACUGGCAGGGCCGGCAGGUGUUUGCAGAAUACGACAGCUUCUACAUAGAGCCUGAAAGCGACUGGUACCGCCUGAGACUGGGAUCCUACCAGGGCACUGCUGGUGACUCACUCUCCUGGCACAGCAAUAAAGCUUUUACCACACUUGAUCGGGACAAGGACGCCUACACAGGUAACUGUGCUCAUUACCAGAAGGGGGGCUGGUGGUACCACAUGUGUGCUCACUCAAACCUAAAUGGGGUUUGGUACAGAGGAGGCCAUUAUCGCAGCCGCUACCAGGACGGAGUUUACUGGGCUGAGUUCCACGGAGGCUCGUACUCUCUCAAGAAGGUCACAAUGAUGGUUAAACCCAUUCAACCUACUGAAGAACUGGUGAAGUAAAGCUUGGUACUGACUACUAUACUGUACAGCUGAGCAAACAUCAGAGGAACGGAAAUAACCUGACAAAAGUCUCAGAAAAGUUAAUCGCUUCUGUUUCAUUCUGCUGGAACUGAUGACUGCAUCUGUUUGGAACACAACAUUUUCUAUCAUAAUUGAUAAAAUGAUAAAAAUGACAAUGAUCAACUGCUGAAUGAAAUAUUGUGUGUUGUUGACUUGGUGUCAGUGGUAGUGUUAGUUGCUAGGCCAGUUUUAAGAGGCUUUAUUCGCCCAAACACUCUUUAUCCCACUCGAAUAAACGUACAUUAUUUGUUUAAAUCAGCAUAAUUUUUCUGAUUUUAAAUGACUGGCCUAUUAUAGCCCAGUGGUUAACCUACAGGGACAUCUGGAUAUGCAAAGUAAUAUUUAUUCAAAGUAAAAUGUGCUGACAGAUGUGAAGAAAAAUGCUAGCUCAGUGGUUGGACUAUUGAUGGUGUCACUAAAAUACAACAGAUGAACCAAUCAUCAUAUGAAUAUGAAGUGACUGACAAAUUUCUAGGUGUUUUGGACUCUCCAAUAGCAACAGACACUGUGGAAUCCACGCCCUCUGGUUUAAAGACCGCUGUCUUUAAUAUACAUUAAAGACAUCGGUGGUUUCAGGCUUAUUUAUGCAAUGUUCAAGUGUAAGAAAAGUCUUGUGUCUAGAAAAUAGUAAGUUCUGAAGGGGAUAAACGAAUUUCUACGAAGUGUCAAAACAUUUUACAAAUAAAUAAAGGUUUCUUUUCUUUUUGGAUGUAACAUCUUCUUCAUAGAACAGGAAGAAAGAAAAGCACUGCUAGAUUUGUUUAUUAUUCAAAGUUGUGUAUUCAAAGACCUGAAAGAUAUCAUCCAAUAAAUCUAAAUCAAAUUAAGAAA